UGCCCGUAAACUGUUCCUGUGCCCCUUUUUUCUUUUUUUUUUUUUGCUUUUGGAUUCCCACAGAGCAGACCAACGCCAUCCCUGCCCUUUCGUUUUAUGUUUUAAUCAAGUAUAUUUCGAUCCGUUGUCAUCCCACUCUUCCGCUCAACAUCUGAAUGGCAAUGUCGGUAGUUCCCACACCGGAAUCUCCGGUCCGUCUGGUCGGUGCCGGCCGGGGUGCAGCUGCGGACCUAGGUGCAUUUGUAGUCGAUAUCGCCGACCCCCCUGGACCUAACGAAAAGAAGCAGAGUGCCGCCAGUCCCGCCGAGUCUUUUUCGCACCCGUCCUCCGACGAUGAGGAGCCGUUCAAAGAGGGUGGAUAUGGCUGGGUGGUGGUAUUGGCGGUGCACAUGCUCAACGCACAUACCUGGGGUAUUAACUCUUCCUUCGCCGUGUUCCUCGCCUACUAUUUACGGACAGGAUCGUUUGUCGGGGCAAGCCCAAUAGCUUAUGCCUUUGUUGGGGGGCUUUCUGUGUCAAUAGCUUUGUUUGUCUCACCUUCUGGGACAUAUCUGAUUGGAAAGUAUGGCACCAAAAAAGUCAUGUCUUUGGGCGUUGUGAUCCAGACGUCCGCCUUCAUCGGCGCGUCAUUCACGUCGGAAAUGUGGCACCUCAUCCUUACGCAGGGCAUCGCUUUCGGGGCAGGAAUGGGCUUCCUUUUCGUCGCGUCCGUCGGCAUCCCUUCACAGUGGUUUACCAAGCGCCGCUCCCUGGCCAACGGGAUCGCCGCCGCCGGCUCCGGGUUCGGCGGCCUCAUCUAUUCCAUGGGCACGAAUGCCAUGAUCAAGAACCUCGGUCUUCCCUGGACCUUCCGCAUCCUCGCCGCCCUCACGUUCGUCGUCGCGGGGGUCUGCACGCUGCUCAUCCGGGACCGGAACGCGCACGUUGGCGCCGUCCACAUCGCCCUCCACUGGGACCUCUUCAAGCGCCCCGAGUAUUGCAUGCUCCUCUCAUGGGCCUGCUUCUCUUCCUUUGGCUACCUGUCCGUGAUCUUCUUUCUGGCCGACUACUGCCAGACUGUCGGCUUCACCGCCACUCAGGGGGCCAUCGUCGCUGCCAUGUUCAAUCUCUCCCAAGGUCUUGGACGCCCGCUUGUGGGUCUGGCCUCGGACCGCUAUGGCAGGAUCAAUGUUGCUGGCCUGGGGACACUCGUCGCAAGUCUUAGCUCGUUCUUCCUGUGGAUCUUCGCGGGCAAGUUCUUCGCCGGGGUCAUCAUCUUUAGCCUUAUGGGCGUCUUCAGCGGCAUCUUUUGGGCAACCGCUGCUCCUAUAUGUGCAGAGGUCGUCAAUAUCUCACUCCUGCCGUCGGCAUUGUCCUUGAUGUGGCUGGUACUCGUCCUGCCGUCCACGUUUGCCGGGGCUAUCGGGCUGAGCCUUCGUGCACCUGGCAGCGGUGGCUACCUUCCCGUGCAGCUUUUCAACGGCGCGUGCUAUUUUAUAGCAUUUGCAUCCGGAUGGGCGCUGAGGGGGUGGAAGAUGCGUGAAAACUCGCUUUUGGCCAAGAGCCAAAUUGAGACAACCAGCAACCGCGAUGCUGUGCCUGCGGGUGUUGACCAUGUCCACCAGGCAAUGUAUCUGGGCACAUCUGAAGAGACAGAAAGUCUUGGGAAAUAUCUUAUGCGAGGUGAAUGGAUAUUUAGCGUUUGUCGGAUAUGACGAACACGUGUUACCGCUUGCCAAUCCAUCUAGAUCUGAUCGUUGGGUUCAUGAUAUCCGUCUCUAUGGCAUACGCUCACUGGGUUUUAUUUUCUCGCCUUCAGUCGAGAUCCCCCGGGAAAAGCUUAUUACAGCCAGCAACUCCUCGAAAUAUUUCUUUCCAUCCUCAUCACCCUCCUUCCAUCUUCGAUACAUACCUAGCUACCUACUACGUACCUACCUAUCUACCUAUCUAGGUACCUAGGCCUCAAUCUCCGCUUACCAUACCGCUCGGGCAGCAGAGGCAUCACCGACUCUUUUCUUGUCGUCACAAAUUCGGGC